AUGGCACUGCGCAGUCCUGGAGUUCUCAUGAUACGCCCGACUGGGCGCAGCAGUCGUGGUAUGGACAGUCUGGGUGGCAAUGGAACCCUACUCAGCAGCCCGCCAACUGGUACCAGUAUCCUUGGAAUCGUGAAUCUGGGCACACUGGCGAAACUUCGUCUCGUCCGCGACGUGUGCGGUGGGAUGAGAGCGGGGACGAAUGGGCCAUGCGUGGACGUUCCACCAGUCGUGGUCAACCAGGUGGGCGUGGACAUGAACGAAACGCUCCCUUUACAAGUCGACAGCAAGGUGCCUCUACCUCUCGGGAUGAACGUCGGGACCAAGGUACACAUAGUGGUACAUCUGCCCCUUCUUCUUCGUCUUCUACCAGGCCGAGCAACGCUGGUUUCUGGCGAAGGGGAGUGUGGGUUGGAAGACCUCGCACAGCCUCUGAAGAACGACUACACCGGGGUGGCCAGGGUCCUGUUCGAACCCAACGACGUCAAGGAAGACUUGAUCAGUGGCAGGAUGGACUGGGAUAGAUGGGCGUCAGCAGUGGAAUUGGUGGUUGAUUGGAGUCGCUCCGGACUGCCCAGUGAGGAUGACAUGUUCUUUGUGCCGGAAGAAGAAGAAGACGUUGGAUUCCUACAGACCACUGGGAUGUCUACACAGGGGGACAUCGAGGACGUGAUGCUUGUCCAACUGUCUGUGGAUGAGGAGGAACUUUUGGCAGACCUACACGUUCCCGACGAUGUGUGCCGUGAUAUCCGAGACAUGUUGCGUACCCUCAACACGCACACCAUGAAUGAUGAAGGACCUGAAUAUCGGUGGGGUCUUCUUGAGUGGUUGGAAGCAUGGGAAACGGGAUGUAUUCACAUGGACAGA